UCCUCCGACAGCAUGGAGUUUCCCAUUCCCGACGUGAAGGCUGCUUUGAGUGAGUUUGUGGGCAGUCUGGAGAAACGCAUCAACAACCUGACACAGGGCGCUUUCGGAAACCUCAUGAAAAACCCAACUCCUGGCGCCUCCGCUGACGGACGGGAUGUAGGUGUAACGGUGACUGAGAUGGAUUCUGUGCUGAUUUCACUCACGGCAGGGGAGUGUGUUUGUGAGGAGACAGACUUCCGCCGCGUCGACUUGGCUCCUUUUUUUCAUGUUUCGCGACCAAGACGACGGCAGAUGGGCGUGGCCGCAAUAGCUAAUGAGGUUGAGGUCGCGUCUGCGAGCGGCAUCACACAGCUGCUGAUGCCUAACACUAAAAUAAGACUUGUUGCAAAGGCCACAGCAAAGCAGAGUCACUGCACAGUCAGGCACAGUCCGUCCUGA